AUGUCAAACGAAGAAUACGAUGAUUUAGAUGAUUUGCUGAUCGAUGAAGAUCCAAGUACAUUAGACACUGAGACGAAAUCAGAUUCAGAAAAGAAUGGACCAUCAAAGCGUCAGGAGAUCGCUUCAGAGAGUAUCUCUAAGGAAGGAGACAAAAAUGAUCCGCAAGUCCAACAGAUGAUGACUGACCUUCAGAGAGAGUUUGCUAACCUUUUGAAGGAACAAGAAAACGCCGAUGGCGUUGAAGGUAGUGUAAAUAAAGAAGCCAUUGAUAAUUUCAAUAACCUCAUUGGAGCAUUGGGUAAAGCUAGUACUAGUGAAGAAGAAACUACAGCAGGAUCAAAUAAAUUAUCCUCAGAGAGUGCAAAUGAUGACCCCGAUUUUAAGAAUGUUAUAGCUAAUACAUUAGAUAGAUUAAAGGAGAGUGGAAGUAACAUUGAUUCUAACUUAAAGGAGGAGAAAGCCGCUGAACAAGGGUCAGAUGAUGUCCUUUCUCAACUUUUGAAUCAAUUAGUUGACGGUGCAGGAGAAGAAGAUGGCAUUGAUUUUAAUGAUGAUGGCAUGGAUAAUGCAAUUUUAAACAUACUGAAUCAAAUGUCCUCGAAGGAAGUAUUAUACACACCAAUGAAGGAAAUGAAAGAUGAUUUUUCAAUAUGGUUCGAAGAAAAUGAAAAGAAGGAAGAACAUCGGGAUAAGAUAGAUAUAUACAGAAAACAGUAUUCUUUGGUAGAACAACUGGUUUCUUUAUAUGAAAGAGAAGACUAUGAUAAUAAACUAUUCCAAAGCGAGAUAACUAAUUUACUUGACGAAUUAGAACAAUUGGGUGAUUCUCCUGUAGGCAAAGGUUUCAAUAAUAGUUCGGUAAAUGAUAGUGGACUCGAUGAUCUUGCUAAGAUGUUACAAGGGGGAGGGGAUGAACAAGAUAUGAAAAAUAUGGAUAAGGAUAUCGCUGAAAAUUGUCAACAGCAAUAG